AUGUCCCCAGCCAAGCCCCAAAUCUUUCUUGUCCGGCAUGCCGAGUCGGUUCACAAUGUCACCAAAGACUUCAACAUUCGCGACCCCGGGUUAACCCAAGUUGGCCAUGAGCAGGCUGCCGUCUUGGAGGCAUCCUUCCCCGACUUGUCCUCUGUUGCUGUUGUCAUUACCUCCCCUCUGACAAGAGCAAUCGAGACGACACUCGACGCCUUUGGCUCGAUUCUCCUCGGCGGCAACAACCUGAUACUGGACCCCUACCUCCAAGAGCGAAGCGACUUGCCCUGCGACACUGGCUCUCCCAUCUCGGUGCUCAAAGAGAGAUUCCCUUCAUUUCCCGAUGUUGUCUGGUCCAGUUUGGCUGGAAACGCUUCGGGACUCGAUGGUGACGACUGGCUGGAAAAGAAGGGCGAUUAUGCGGCGGACGAUGAGAGCGUAAGCAAAAGGGCGGAGAAGGUCAGGAAGAUUUUGUGGAAUGUUGCCCAGAACAUUCAGCAGGCGCAGAAGGAGGAAGACAAGAAGGCCGCCGAAGAAAGGGGGGACUUGAAAACGAGCAUCGUGGUGGUUACACAUGGGGUUUUUAUGAAGUUUUUGACAGAGGACGAGACAAUCGAUUUGCCAAAGGCCGGAUGGAAGGAUUACUAUGUGGGAGAAGCCGACAAGUUUGAUGGAAAGGGCAAGAGAAUUCCUGUAAAACGAUCACCGCCUUGCAGACAGAAUCCACCCCAUCUAACUAAGCUCUCUGCUGUCAACGGACAACUGUUCCUACAAGUCUUCUAUCUCAAAGCGAACCAGCAAGGUGCAACCUGUCUCACCACAUACAAAACUCGUACUGCGGUAACUGCCAAGAUGGGAUUGCUUGCAAAAGAAUCGUCACUCUUGAUAAAGAUGCGCAGAAACACCAGCUCGUCGUCUUCAAACUCCCAUUCCAGAGUUUCAUCCCAGAUCGGAUCCGUCUCAGCUGGACUGUCCUCGCUCGAGUGA